UUGAUUCACCAAAGAAUAGUCUGCUUUCCAGCUUAAACUUGAUUAUUCUAGUUACUCGUCUUAUCAUCAAAAAUGAAGUACAUCGCCGCCUACCUUUUGCUCACCACCGGUGGCAACGCCUCCCCCUCUGCUGAGGACAUCAAGACCGUCAUCUCUUCCGUCGGAAUUGAGCCUGAGGAGGACCGCAUCUCGGCUCUCCUUGCUGAGCUCGAGGGAAAGACCAUCGCCGACUUGAUCGCCGAGGGCUCUGAGAAGCUCGCUUCCGUCCCCACCGGCGGUGCUGCUGCUCCUGCCGCCGCUGGUGGUGCUGCUGCCGCUGCCGAGGAGGAGGAGGUUGCUGCUCCCGCCGAGGAGGAGAAGGAGGAGUCUGACGACGACAUGGGAUUCGGUCUGUUCGACUAAGCGUCUCGUUUCAUCGAAAAGUCUUGCCUUCACAAAAAAAGCUUUGGUCUUCGGUAGCGCGAAUAUGUUUUUUAAAAUCUGCAACGUUCUUAUUGUAUAAUAGCUAGUGGAGAUCUUAAAUGAACAUAGGGACAAAAAUUCUGAACCGUAGU